AUGCCAAAAGCCAUUCAUUUCGGGGCCGGCAAUAUCGGCCGUGGAUUCAUCGGUCCAUUGCUCGUUGACUCCGGAUACCAUGUCACAUUCGCAGAUGUCAACGAGUCUCUUAUCGAUUCUUUGAACGCCCAUGAUCACUAUACAGUCCAUAUCCUCUCCCAAAGGUCAUCAACCACUGAAGUAACAGAUUUCUCUGGUGUCGUAUCGACUUCUCCGGAUCUCCUAGACGAAUUUCCGACGGUAGACCUCAUUACUACAUCCGUUGGCGCCCAGAUUUUACCCAAAAUUGCGCCUACUAUCGCUAAAGGAUUGAAGAGACUCUACCAGGCGCGCCCAGAUGCGCUUGUUGAUAUCAUCGCAUGCGAAAACGGCGUCGGUGCGUCCGAGAUCCUUAGAAAGGAGGUUGGAAAGCACUUCAAGAAAGACGCUUCACCUGCCGAGAUUGAGUUUUUCGACAAGCGUGUCGGGUUCGCGAACUGUUCAGUCGAUCGUAUCGUACCCCCCUUUGAUCCUACUAAAGCUGUCAACGGCAAUGGCGAGAAGAGAAGAGAGUCCAAAGGCCACGAAUUGGAUGUUGGGGUCGAGGACUUUUAUGAAUGGGUUGUUGACCAGGAUGCACUCAAGACAGACCAUAACAUUCACGGAAUGAAACUUGCGAGAGACCUGCUGGCUUACGUCGAGCGGAAACUGUUUACCUUGAACACUGCCCAUGCAACGAUUGCAUACCUGGGCUGGUUGAAGGGGUAUGAAACAGUGAAUGAGGCUAUUGAGGAUAAACAGAUCUACGACAUCGCCAAGGGGGCGGUAGCAGAGUCAGGCAGGGCACUUCUCAAGAAACAUACGAUAUUCUCAAAGGACGAACAUGAGAGAUAUAUCAAUACUAUCUUGGAUCACCGUUUGAAAAACCCUAGUGUACAGGAUGACAUUAAGAGGGUAUGCCGGGCGCCGAAGAGAAAGCUCGGUCGGAAUGACCGGUUGGUCGGGCCUGCCAUGAUGGAUUAUGAGUAUGGAGUUGGGAAGCCUACGAAUCUUGCAAAAUCGAUUGCCGCCGCAAUCUGGUACAGCGACAAGGAUGACGAAGACGCCGUGGCGAUCAGAGAUAUGGUCGGUGAGGGAGGGGUUGAAAAGGUACUUCGAGAAGUUAGCGGAUUAAAGAAGGGAACCAAAAAGGCCGAUCAGCUAGUGGACCAUGUCGUGAAAGCGUAUGGAGAUUUGAGGUCUGAGCUGCACGCCUCCACUAAGUUAAAUGGGCAUGUGAAUGGAUAUUUGAAUUGA